UGUGUUCUCGAGGGACUUGAAGUAGGAACGAUAGAGUGCACAUGAGCCAUUCACUUUCCUUACAUGAUGUGGUCGAAUCUCGUCCACACAAACGCAUUCGGCGCUUCUCACCUCACGAGAGCCAUGACAUUGACCUCGAAACUAAAUCCAUGACAGAAGGUGCGCGGUGGCUCAGAACACUCUAUGUAACCUGCGCCUGAUAUCUUUCAGAUGAAGCCGACCUUGGAAUGAGCCAACUCAUUGCUGAGGAGAUCGACCUGGAAAUUGCUAUCCGCCAACGCCUUCUAAACACUAUCGACUCUCGCAUAACAUGGGCACUUAUGCUACAAGAGGCUUUGACUCGGGACUCGCCCACUCCAGUACCUGAUGCAGCACCAGACGACUUCCAAGAAGCUGCUCUGGACGCUCUAAACGCUGUAGAAGUACCUUGUGCAUUCCUCUUCGACAGAGAAGAGUCCAUAUAUGACGAAGCUGAACCUCCCUCUCUUCGUUCAUUCUCCCCUGUCGCAACAACUCAACGCGAACGAAUACCUCCAAAGGUCAGGCCGACGCGUACGGCUGCAGCAAAACUUCACCCGCAGAAAAAGCUACUGUAUAUCCGUCUCCCCCCUUCACAGAUAUCUGUCGACGAGGAGAUUGCAAUUCUUACUUGCCCUACUUGUACUCGCACGCAGUUCAGCACCCUUCAAGGGCUCUUGAAUCAUGCACGACUUGCACAUGGUAUUGAAUGGGCCAGCCACGACGCGUGCAUUACGGCUUGUGCUGUUCUGGUCCCUUCCAGUGAUGAAGCGGAGAAGGAACGAGUAGAGGAGGAAGGCGUUGAGGUACCUUGGGGAGGCAGCGUUGUCGGUCUACAGCGACUGUUUGAACGAGCCGUCGGUGUCAAUGUACCUCCGCCUCUUCUUCUCGAAGAACAGGAGGGAGCUGCAGGCGCGGCGACCAUACCCAGCACUCUUUUAUCGCGCACCCUCGGUUUACAUGUAGACUCCCCUGCCCUCGCUCAAUUUCUCGGCAGAACCCCAAAACGAAGAUGCAUACAUGCUUAUGAGGAAUAUACAGAUGUUGACAUUCUCAGUAUCGACACUGCUCCGGUCAGGCCUUCCCCCAGUUUGGAAAGCCAAGGGGUUACGAGGGGAGUAGACAAGGGAGAUAAUCAUCCUUGGCGAAUGGUUUUCCCGCAUCGGAAUAGAGCUCGCCCUGAACUCGAUCUUGUUGUUGACGCACCCGCGCUUGUGGAUGACGGUACGGAGACCACAGCCACCCCUGCGAUACCAGGAAGCACGACUUCGCGCUUCCAUAUCACCGCUCGUGUUCAUAUCACAGACAGAAGUUUAUUCAUUUCGCCGGGUCGGCGGGUAGAGCUCAGUAUUCCACCGUCGCACACUCACCGGUGGAUGCUCAGUGUUACUGCUCCUUCUUAUUCGAUACCUCUGGCCUCAUUCAUGAUACGCUUGACAGUUUUGGCAGUGGCGCCAUCUGAUAACACACAACGCCAGCCUUGUACUGUGGACAAAGUGCCCUUUGCCAUCAUAGGCACAUCUUCAGAGCCAUUUCUUGCAAAAGUAGUGAUGGAGUGGGCUAGUGGCGGGAGAAUGGAAGUAGAACAUUGGAUUGAUCUUGACCCUGGGAACGCAGUAAGCUCUGUGCUUGGUUCGGAACAAGUCCUCGAUGUCGAACUUGACAGAGGGACGCGCCUCCUCCCUGUCCCUACCGGACCUGCACCGCCUAUACCUUCCUUGGAACGUGAACCCGCAGAGAUAACAAGGCAAUCUGUGACUAAACUUCAAGAAUCUGCAGAUGAAUUUGGUUAUGAGAAGGUUCUACGGAGUUUAUUACCAAGAGUCCCCAUGACGAUGAAAGAUGUGAAGUUCCGUUCACCAGUCCAGGUGCCAUAUAAGCUCGUUCCCUCGCCAGCGCAUCUUCUAGCGCUUGUACCUGGGAGACGGAAAGCCAUCGAAUGGGGAAGAGCCCGAGCACUGCAAGCGCUUUAUAUCCAGCACUCUGCCUCUGCCUCCGCAGAACUGAUUUCCCUCACUGUUGGUGACGUUUAUGCAUUCCUAGAAGAUUCGGGGCUUUUUCCUCGCCCGCCUUCGAAGCUCGAAGCUCCCGUCCCCAGCGGGAAAGCUAAGAAGGAAAAGGAGAAAGAAAAGGAGAAAGAAUCCGCGCUUUCGCCGCUGGAUGAACCCUGCGUCAUCUGUGGUAUCAAGAAACGCUUCCACCCCGCGCUCGCCGUCACGACCAAAGUGAAGAAGGAGCCUGUUUUUGACGAGACAGUAACCUGGGUUUGCGAUAUCGUUCCCCCGCACGAACUUGAGCGGGGUCUACGAAUACCCAUCAUUGAUUUAACAAAGAUUUUUGCAGGUGGGCUCGAAACCGCCCUAUACGCCGGGGAAACUCCCGGGGAUAGGCUGGUGCCACCGCUUCAACCAAUGGCUUCAUCUCAGCUGUUCAGAUCUUGGCGGCACGCUCCACGGCAGAUCGUCUCGUUAAGUCCACCAGACCUUAUUCUUGCUAUUCAUAAGAGCGUUGGCUCUUUACACCUCCCGCAUUUUCCCGAUUUUCAAUCACCCUCUCUGGACAAGCAUCGUACAAAUUUAGAGGUCGAAGAGGCUUUCGCACCAUCAGCGCUACUAGCCGCUGUGCUCAAACCGUUUAUUUCCGUCCUCGUGCGCUCUGCAGUAGACGUUGCGAAACGAGAUAUUGCGGCUGCGAUUGCUUCUGGUACUGAAACUAGCGGUGCUGCUGUUGCUGGACAAGGCAAGGUAGCACGGUCUAAGCGAGGGAGAAAAGUAGGGUCCGUUCUGACUCCUGGCCAUGUCUUACGAGGGUUGUCGCUGCCUAAUCCUGACCACGGUGGCGGGCUCGCUACGACUACUCUGAAAGAUGUGUUGGGACUUUGUCUAGCGGGAGUGGGAGUCCCUUUGGAGUUCGGACGAUCGUCGACGCGUGCUUUUCUCCGUCAGAUUGUGGAUCGGGAUGGCAGUGUCGAAGUGGGGGAAACAGGCGAAGUUAAAGUGGAACCGCCGUGAUCUUGAUGUAGUGGGACUUGGUAUUUGGUACACA